AUGUCUGGCCCAGCUGUUGCUGAACCUCCCCUAGCCCAUUUCCAAGCUCAACUCCAUCCCAACGACUCCCUCUUCGACGACCAAGGCUACUUUCUCGAUAACGACUUCGACUCCGAGAUCCAUCGUCACCUCUCCAUCUUUGGUUGGAAAAAAGCAUUCCGCUUCGGCAUACAUCAGCAAGCCAACCUUGAACGGCUCCAAGAGCUCGGUUUCCUCGUCGCACUUCCCGUCGGCUUCAACCUUCGCAUCCAUACGCCCCCGGGGUAUAUUCGCUACCGUCUCAUCGCCAUCUUUGCGACCGCUAGACGCGCAGUCGAACAACAACUCAAGAACGAGCGUCGCUCUCAAAUCCCAGUCAUCAUGGUUCAACUUACCGAGGUCGAGGACGAGCACUUCCAGUCCGGCCAGGCCGGUCCUAUCGAGGAUGAUGCCGACUUCACCGACACUGACUCCGAGAUCUCUGCCGAUAGCGACUACGACCCCCGUGACGAGUCCUUCGCCGAGCGCAUCUACGCCCUGAAGGACAUUGUCCCCCCGACCACCCGCGGCUGGAUCAGCAACAAGAUUGACUUCGGCGUCUCCGCCGUUCAGAACACGUGGUACUACAGCUCCCGCACCGUCUGGGUCGUCUGUGCCACUGCCCUGAUGAUCGGCGUCCCCUUGGCUACCUGUUGGGCCGAGGACCAGCAGCUUGAGGGCAUGGAGCGCGAGUUCCGCAUGCGUGAGGCGGGCGGCGACGCGCUCCUGACCGCUGGCGAGAGCCAAGAGGGCAGCACCGCUGACCAAAUCGGCCUGGCCCUCGACCGCGCCGAGGCCAAGCCCGCUCUGUAA